AUCCUUCUACCAAGACCAAUAUCCAUGUCACGGAUGCAAAAUCCAUCUUCAUAGGCAGGCAUAGCUCACACCACAGCAACACUUCCCAGUUCCAAGCUCGUUCAAAGGCCAUAUGGUCAUGCCUUCUCCAAUUCCCACGUGCCACCAUAUUCUUCAACCUCGUACCCCUUUUCUCACCAACAUUGCCACCAAAAUCAACAAUGACACCAUCACCAUCAGACCAGGUAAGACCACACUCUCUUUCUCUGCCAUCAAAUCCACAGCAACAACAACAACAAAUGACCUUAAUUUCGAGGACACAGUCACUAGGUUUCGAAUCAAAGGUCUUGUCCACAGGAUCACAGCCUUAUCCUCCUCCAACACCAAACCCCAGAUGCUGCAAAUCCUAGAAAAAGUCCCCGAACUCUACCAAACCAUAUCAGAUUUCAACCACCUUCUCAUGGCUCUAGUAAUUACACGAAAACCUGAUAUUUGUCUCAGAAUCUUCACAAAGUUACCCUCUUUCCAGCUCGAGCCAGAUUGUUGCACUCACUCCAUUAUAAUUAGGUGCCACUGUGAAGAAAACAACAUGGAUGAAGCCAAGAGAGCAUUGGACACUGCUCUGGAAAAAGGGUUUCUACCAGAUGCUGCAACCUUCACUGUUCUCAUAAAUUCCCUUUGUAAAAGGGGGAGAGUGAAUAAGGCAAGGGAGGUUUUUGAGGUAAUGGGUGGAAAGGGUUACAAGGCUAGUGUUCAUGCACAUAAUUGCUUGCUUAAGGGUUUGUCCUAUGUGGGGAAGGUGGAUGAAGCACUUGAGAUGUUGAAUGAUAUGAAUGCAACCUCAUUGGAGCCUGAUGUUUACUCUUACACAGCUGUGAUGGAUGGUCUGUGCAAAGUGGGUAGGUCAGAUGAGGCAAUGGAGUUGCUCAAUGAAGCUGUUGGAAUGGGGGUGGUGCCAAAUGUUGUCACUUUCAACACCUUGCUUCAAGGGUAUUCUAGGGAGGGGAGGCCAAUGGAGGGUGUUGCUGUUUUGGAGAUGAUGAAGAAGGAGCAUGAUUGUGUUCCUGAUUGUGUUAGUUAUAGCACUGUGUUACAUGGAUUGUUGAAGUGGAAUCAAGUUGUGGCAGCCCUUGGGGUGUACAAGGAAAUGGUUGGGGUUGGGUUGGAGGUGGAUUUGAGGAUGAUGGGGACUCUGGUGAGGAGGUUGUGUAAGAGGUCAUGGAAGGAUAGAGAUAGAGGUCUGCUUCAGGGUGCAGGUGAGGUGUUUGAGAAAAUGAAAGAGAGGGGUUUGGUGGUUGACCAGGGGACAUUUGAGGUCAUAGUCCAGGCACUGUGUGAGGGGAAGAGGUUUGAUCAGGCAUUGGCAAAUUUGUAUGAGAUGGUUAGAUUGGGAUAUUCUCCUGAGGUAAUUGCCUUUGACAAGGUGAUUCAAGGGCUUUGUGAUGAAGGAAGAGUGGAUGAUGCAGUGUCAGCUUUGGUCCUUUUGCAUGCGAAUGGGGGAGUUCCCAAUAGAGUUUCUUAUGAUGUGCUGAUCAAAGAACUAAUUGAGGAGGGUAGAUUGUUUUGUGCUUCUAAUUUGUUUUGUGCUGCAGUGAAGUUGGGUGUUGUUCCCAACAGGGAACCUGAUCUAAAUGUUAUAAAGAGGGAGUGGGAAUGAGAAGAAAAAGAGUGGGAGCAAAGCUAGGAAGUUUAGUUCAGUACUAUGUUAAGAUGCAAUGAUGUGACUGACCUUAAAAAAAACAUGCAAUUAUAUGGAAGAGAAGUGCUAUUUUUGCUCUUAGUGGAAGAUGAAGUGAAGAAGCAAUAGCAUUACUGUGCAUUAUGUUCA